GAAACACCGGGUCACCUGAUGUUAUUAUUAUACUAUUACCUCCCCGCGCUCAUUAACCAACACGUACACCUCACACCCUCAGGCUCCUCUCACACAGCUGCAUUAAUAAAAUCACUUUGUUUCAUAUUAAACUGAUUAAAGUGCAGGUUGAACUCAGGCGCGCCCCCGCGACCCGUCAGCUGGACGCCGGGCUGUGACUGAAGGAUCAAGGCCUCCAGACGCCAACCCGCCCCUCCACCCCCCCAUCGACCUCUCCCUCCCGUGUUCAGACCGGCGUGAGAAUCCGUCUGGGACACAUCAGCCCGUGACCCGGACCUGAUCGCCUCCCAGCCAACCAUCCAUACAUCCAUCGACUGCUGAUCAGCCAACUGUUCUGCACCGUUCCCUCCACGGACUGAGCUCCAUGGACCAAUCAUCAUGAGACUCUGCACCGCCCCCCUCUCCUCGCUCCGCCCCCUUCUACAGUCCCUGCCCCUCCCUCUGCGCCAUCGCUGCUGCCUGUCAACCCUCUUGGCCAAUAGCGGCACAGCGUCACGCAGACACCUCAGCACAGAUGGCCACGCCCCUCAGCCCGUGAUUGGUCAGGACUCGGUGGAGGUGUUGGGCCACUCCUAUCCCCGCGAUGACUUCACCAACGUCACGCCGAGGAUCAUGGCCAAGGUCGGCCGCAACCUCCACAACCAAUCCCAUCAUCCUCUGUGGCUGAUCAAGGAGCGAAUCAAAGCUCACUUCUACAGUUCUUACAUCGGUCGCUGGGGCAACCCGCUCUUCUCCGUCCACGACAACCUGAGCCCCGUGGUUACCGUGGAGCAGAACUUUGACAGCUUGCUGAUCCCGCCCGACCACGCCAGCAGGAAGCGAGGAGACAACUACUACCUGAACAGGAAAACGAUGCUCCGCGCCCACACCUCGGCCCACCAGAGGGAGCUGGUGAGCUCCGGGCUUGACGCCUUCCUAUUGGCCGGAGACGUCUACAGGCGGGACGAGAUCGACGCCAGUCACUACCCCGUCUUCCACCAGAUGGAGGGAGUCCGACUCUUCUCCAACCACGAGCUGUUCUCUGAGGUGCAGCACGGUGAGGAUCUGUCCCUGUUUGAGUCCGGAGGCCGGCGGACGCCUCAGAAACAGGAAGCUCACUCUCUGGAGGCCGUGAAGCUGCUGGAGUUCAACCUGAAGCUCACUCUGACCCGACUCGUCUCCCACCUGUUCGGAGGAGAUCUGGAGGUGCGGUGGGUGGACUGUUACUUCCCCUUCACUCACCCCUCCUUUGAGAUGGAGGUGCGUUUCCAGGGCGACUGGAUGGAGGUGCUGGGCUGUGGAGUGAUGGAGCAGGAGCUGCUGAACUCAGCGGGGGCGGGGAACAAGGCGGGCUGGGCGUUCGGUCUCGGCCUGGAGAGACUGGCCAUGGUUCUCUACGGCAUCCCGGACAUCCGGCUGUUCUGGAGUCAGGACGAACGCUUCCUCAAACAGUUCAGAGUGGAGGACGUCCAGAAACCCGUCUGCUUCCAGGCCCUCAGUAAGUACCCCCCCCUCCACAACGACAUCUCCUUCUGGCUGCCGGAGACCAAAGGAGGCGAGGACGGCUUCACGGAGAACGACUUCUACGAGCUGGUUCGCUCCAUCGCAGGAGACCUGGUGGAGAAGGUCUCACUGGUGGACCAGUUCACACACCCAAAGACCGGUAGGAGGAGUCACUGUUACAGCAUCAUCUACCGUCACAUGGAGCGAACUUUGACCCAGCAGGAGGUCCGACUCGUCCACGAGCAAAUCGAACGCAGCGCCCAGACCGAGCUGGGCGUCCAGGGCAGAUACUGACACACACACACACACACACACACACACACACACACACACACACACACACACACACACACACACACACACACACACAGUUUAUUGAUGUCAGAAUUAACGGCUGAAACGAUGAAAUCUGACUUUAAAUAAACUGAUAUGAUUCUUUCAUUUGAACACAAACAUGUUUGGUUCAGGUUUUUGUUCUUCUAAUAAAUCAGCUUGUAAUUAUAUUUAACGAUUCUAGUAUAUGAUUUAAACAUAACUGUGAGGUGACUAAUGUUUUAAAUACGUGAACGAUAACUUACAGAAGUCGUCAGUUCACAUUUGUUCUAUAAUAUUCCAUAUACGUUAACAGAGUUUGAUCUGAUCUAAAGAAACCGGAUCAGAAACUGAUACAAACAUAAAAACAUAAAACAUUCAACGAACCAAACAUUUAGAAAAGCUUCUUUAUUAUUAUUAAAAAAAGCAAAAUCUUUCUUUAACUGGAGCUGUGUGUGUUUCAGUUUGUAUCUUUGUAUCUUUGUAUCUUUGGAUUUGAACAUUAAAAACGU